AUGAAAGAGUACAUUCUGAUGCAUUUCCAAGAUGAUCCACACAAUUACGAUGCCCCGAUAAAAGAGAUCAUCGCGUUGAAAGGGAAAAUGAUGAACCCGCAAGUGAGCGUUGAAUCGACAUGUGUCCUCAAACGAUAUUACGCUCAAUUGCUAAUGAUGAAGAAUCGUUUCCCGAUGGAAGAAGGCGAUGAAUUGAUGAGAUCCGAAUCUUCCGAUGAUCUCAUUUUUGUUUGGCCUGACCGUACCUCGGACCUUCCACACACCGUCGGCUACAAUGACAUCAAUUUCGAAAUCGCAAACAUUCUUUUCAAUAUUGGAGCUGUUCAUGCAAAUAUUGGCGCCAUCGAGAAUCGAGAGAGCGAAGAUUCAAUCAAAAACGCCUUCAUGCAUUUCCAGUACGCCGCGUGGCCCUUUCAACAGAUUCGUGACACUAUGAACGUCGACAAGUUCUCCACUCUCGAUUUCGACAAAGAACUCCUCACUUUCUUCGUAAAUAUUCUGCUGGCCCAAUCGCAAGAGUGCCUUGUCGAGAAGAGUCUCAUCGAUCAUCGCUCGAAUGAAGUAGUCGCCAAAUUGUCGAUUCAUUUGAGAGGACUUUACAAAGAAUGCAGCAAUUACCUCGAGAACUCGGCGCUCGCCGACGCGAUCGCCUCGAUGAAGUACAAGGAGUGGAUCCGGAUGUGCUCCUCGAAAUCGGAACUCUAUGGAGCGAUUGCCGCUCUGUAUAUGGGAAUGAAGGCUGAAGAUGAGAACAAGUACGGUCUUCGGCUGGCUUACUAUGCGAAAUCAGUGGCUCACGUGAAGUGUGCUCUGGAGACACUUGAAAAAGAUAAGCGAAGUGACAUGCACGCGACCGCAAAUUUCAUUCGAGAUGUUGUCUUUUUCAAAGAGCAAAACGCUCGCAAAGAGAACGAUGUCGUCUAUCAUGAUCGAAUUCCGAAAGACGAUGAGCUCAGCUUGACAGAGGGUUUAUUCAAAGUGAAACCACUUGGCUUUGACCCAUUCGAUCCAUCUGUUGGCGGAGAUGAUCUCUUCGCAUCACUUUUACCGCCAACUGUUCUAAAGGCAGUCAGUCAAUACGAAGAAGAAAAAGCAAAAGUGAAGCGAAAUCUUCUCGAGAAAGUUUCACAAAAAGAUAUUGAAUUGGAGCAAUUCCUCAAAAAACUUCGCGCUGACGAGUUGCCAUUGGAGGGUGAAGUGAGGCAAAAUCUACCAGAUGAACUCCUCGAAAGAAAUGCGAAUUUCAACGCUCAUCCUGACGCUUUUCCGCAACUAUUGGAGAAAUUAAGAAGAGGCUCGAUUCUCGCCGAUCAGAUCAACAAUCAAGCGACGGAGAUUCUCCGUCGCCUCACCGCUAUCGAUUCGCCGAGUUUCCUUGAUGAUGACGGGUACAAAAUGAUCCUUUCAGAGAUGAAUAAGAUGUGCGAACAAUUGAGCAAAACAAAGACGAAAAAUUCGGAAGCUCAAAGAAAUAUUGCGGCGCACAGUGAUUCGUUGCAUCUUUUAGCUUUACCACUUCACCAAUUAGGUGAACGAUUGACGAAUGGGCAAUUUCAGCCGAGUCAAACUCAAGAGGGAAUCGCGCUGAAGAAGAUGCUGGAUAAAAUCUCGGAGAUGAACGCUCAAAGGAUAAUGUUAGUGCAGAAGUUGGAUGAAGAAAUGAAAAGAGACAAUGUCGGGAGGAGGCUUUUAGCUGAAAGAGAUCUCGACAAUGCGACAACUUUCGCUCGUGAGCUGAAAAAACACGAAGAAACUAUUGGGUUUAUCGAGAAAAAUUUGAUGGCUCAGGAAAAUAUCCUCCACGCACUCACUGAGGCGAAUGCCGACUUUUCCGAGAUUCGGCACAAAGUCGAGGCGGACAAUGCACAACGUUCCGACAAAGUUCACUCACUCAUCUCAGCAUUCGACGUCUACGCGGAUGUUCUUCGUAUAGCUGAAGCAGCAAUUUCUUCCACAGAAAUCAUUCAGAAACGAAUCGAGCGAACAAUUCCCGCAAUUGAUGCAAUUGAAACAGCUUAUUUUGCUGAAAAGGAGAAGAAAGACGCUGAGAAAAGAGCGCUUGUUGAGAGAAUGGAAAAAAUGAGAAUGGAAAAGGAGGCACGAGAAGCAAUGUCAGAGUACGGUUAUGGUACUGGUGCCUCGAAUUUGAAUCUCCAAAAUUUGCCUAACUUUCCCAGUGCCAGCAGUUCGCCCAGCCCCAAACCAGGCACAGCCUCAGGUCGACCCGACUACAUGGAGUUUUUCCGAGCAAAGAUCGCCGGAGGACAAACAAGACCGCAGCCCCAACCAUCGCCAACUCCAUCGGUGAUCACGAGUUACUCCAGCCAACACAGCCCCGAUUAUCAAUACCCACGAAUGCAACCAUAUCCUGAGCAACAGAUUCGACAGGAAACCUACGACCAGCCAGGCUCUCCAUACUCUGUUCCCCAUCAAAUCCCACCACCCGGUCCAGGGAUCUACAGUCAAACGAACCUGCCCACCCAAUCAAUCACAGUACAUCCACAGGGAAUGCCUGGAUAUCAGAUGAAUCCACAAAAACAGAUGCCUUCAAUCCUUCAACAACCAGUUCAAGGAAAUUUCCCGAAUCCAAACAUUCAGCCACAGCUUUCCAAUGCACAGACUCAUCAACAACCUUAUCAGCCAAAUUUCGCAAACAGCCAGCCUUCAACAAUGCAAAGAUAUCCUGCUCCAGCAUCGGUUAUGCAAAAUUUUGAGCAGGGAUCGCUGAACGGGACAUUCAGCCAACUGCAACACAACUUUUCGACUGUUGGAGAUCAGAACUUGUCUCAGAAUUUCUCACAACCGCAACUACUACCACAGCAAUUGCCUCAACAAGUACAACAAGUGUACCAACAGCCUCAGCCAAUCCCGUCACAACCCAAACAACAAUAUCAACCGCAACAACACCAGCAAGCUUACCAACAGCUCCAACAGCCGACCCAGCCAUCGUUGCAACAGCCAUGGAAACAACAAGAAACGCAAACUCAACUACUACCACCUCAACAGCCUCUACAACCAAUCCAACAACAAAUAUCACUGCCGGGACAACAACAGCUACAAUCUCAGCCAUUGCCGCUACAACAGCCUCAACAACAACAACCUCAACAGCAGCCUCAACAACAGCUUCAACAACAGCCUCAACAACAGCUUCAGCAACAGCAACAACAACAACAACAACAACAACAGCCAUGGCAACAACAACAAUUACCACCUGUCCUAUCAUGGCAACAGCCCCAGCAACAACCACAACAGCAGCAACAGCAGCAACACCAACAACACCAGCAACAACCACAAUCGUUGCCACCACAACCACUUGCCCAACAACAUCCACAACCUCAACAACACCAACAGCCAUGGCAACAAUCCCAGCAACAACCACAGCCACAACAGCAGCAACAGCAGCAACACCAACAACAACCACAAUCGUUGCAACCACCACAACAAUUUGCUCAACAACCUCAACAACACCAACAGCCAUGGCAACAAUCCCAGAAACAAUUACAACAGCCUCAGCAACCGAUCCAUCCUCUUUCGGCCACUCCAACAUCUCAUCUUCAACCUCAAACCCCUCAAAAACCGGCACCAGCCCAGUUCAAUCAAAACCAACAGUCUCCAAUGUCUGGAAACUUUUCACCAAUGAAACUCAACGAUUCACCGAAUCUUUCCAAUGGACCUUGGCACCAAGGAGCGGCUCAAUCGUCGAGGUUCAUCAAUUCACCUUGGCACUCGGGAAUGGGAAAUCAAUCCCCGCAGAAUGAAAUAAGAGGACAAGGAUCUUCGCAAGUACCCCAAAGGACAAAUCCAAUGGACCUACUCAGUGGGUUGGACACAAAUCUUGGACUCCCGAUGGCACUUCAACCGAAAAGCAUUGUUGAAAAUCCUCUGCCACUUCCACCGCAAAACAUCUCCUCACAACCGCUUCAAACCUCGAACGCGAUCACUCCACCAAGGAAUACUCCAACUUCUACAACACCCCAAUUAUCAAAUAUGCCCACAGCCGUCGUGGCACCAAUUCUGAAGCCGUAUUCGCCUCCGGUCAACAAUGUGAUUCAACAAAAUCCCUCACCUUUGCUAAUUCAACAAAAUCUCGAUGUUGACAAGGGGAAAACAGUGGGAUUUCUGCCGACAAACAAUCCUUUGAAUCAACAACCUCUCCCACUGAACGAUUUGACGGAUCCCUCAAAAUUCUGUCUCGGGCCUGAUUCUCGGGAUCGUGUGGAGAAGAAAAUGUUGCACGCAUCGUUCCGAGGGGAUACAGAAAAGCCCAUCCUCGAUCCAAAUGAUCCACUCAAUCAAUUGGAUCCAUUCUGGAAAUCGAAU